AUGUCGCUACAGGAAAUGGAGGGCGCCGUUCUCACAUCCCCCAAGCCUUUCGAUGAUCCCGAAACGCCUCGUCGCGCUACGACCGAUGUCUCCAGUACGCGACCAGCAUCUGCCAUCCUACGCAGCGUCGACUCCAUUCACAAUCCGCAGCCCUGGCCGCCGUCGGAGGUAUUCCACUUCGACGCAGGAAGUCGCAACAGCAGGGAAGCUGGCCCGGGUCUACGGCCAACAUGUCCAUUGCCGCAGCUGCCCCACCUUCACUUCUCACCCUUUACCUCUCGACCCAUAACCCUGCUGGUCGGAGGCACGUCUUCACCUAGCAAAGAAGAGAGUCCCGUCUCCCACUUCGCCCACGAAGAUCUCCUUAGCUCCAUUUCGCCCUUUUUCCGCGCGGCCCUACAACGCUCUUCUCCUGGAGGGGCCUACACUUUCCAGGAAGCCGCCACCGGCGUCAUCAAGCUCCCCGAAGAGCGCCCAGAAGACAUCGCCUUCCUGCUGCAGUGGGCCUACUGGCGGCAGCUGUGGGACACACAUGCGCGGGAAGCGCCGCAAGUGAGUCUUGACAUGAACACCACCGUCGCCACGGACCUCGGCCUGCGCCACGACCUCGUCGACGCCGCUGUACACGCGUACCAUACGUGGCAGGAGGAGAAGCGCGUGCUGAAGCAGACUUUUGGCAGGGCGUCGGCAGAGGUGGAAGCUUAUGUGAAGAAGAGGCCGCGGCCGCCGUCGUUCGGGCCGCUGGUGAGGUUGUAUAUCGUUGCGGAUCGCUAUGAUGUGGGGAAAGGGUUGAAGUACUGUGUUUGUGAGCGGAUUAGGCGGGUGGGCAGGGAAGCGAAUUGUGUGCCGGAGAGAGACGACGUGGCGUCGUUGUGGGAUGAGGGACUGGAGGAAGCGGAUGUGGGAUUGAAGAGGGUUGUUCUGGAGAUGUUUGCAGAGUUGAGCGGGAAGAGUGCUAAAGGGUUGUUUGCGAGUGGGGAGAAGAGCAGGUCAAUGGACGGGGGAUACACGGGCUGGCAUGAAGACUUUUUAAACGACUUGGUCCUGUUCAUGUUCGAGAGGAGUGGUCAAGGGAAGACGGAAGAGGGAACGGAGAUGCAAGCGUCCACCGAGGCUUCGAAGCCCGAGGAGGUGCGCCGCCGGUUUAGGAGUCUCGAGCGCCGGAGCAGCGUCAAUACUCGCCACGAGUGA